GUAUGCUGUUUCAAGACGGCUCUAACUUUCGUGGACUCCAUCAGCGAAAUCUUUGGGCCACUUCUCUCUGGCCGCCCUCUAGUUAUUAUUCCCAAGGCAGUUACUCAAGCGGUGGACGAACUGGUGAACGUACUUGAAAGGGAAAGCGUGGGAAGACUUGUGUUGGUACCAACUCUACUUCGUUCCAUAAUACUCUACUGCUCUGAACCACAGGCUCCUAAACUCAAGAAUCUCAGGUUAUGGGUGUGCUCGGGCGAAGUGUUUCCUCCGGACCUCCUGAAUGCCUUCUUCGCCGCCUUCUCCGACGGUCAGACAAUCUGCAACUUCUAUGGAUCAACAGAAGUCCUUGGAGAUGUCACAGCCAUUCAGUUUCAAAGUAUUGAAGACUCAGUCAAUGGAAUGGUUGACAAGAAAGUGCCCAUUGGUUUCCCCAUCGCAAAUUGCCGAAUCUACCUCCUAAACGGUGAGGGCAACCCAGUUUCAGAGGGACACAUUGGGGAAAUUUUCGCAGCAGGUCUUAAUCUCGCCAGUGGAUACGUGGGUGGGGCUCAGCAGGACAAAUUUGUCAGCAACACACUCUCGCAAGAUCCAGAUUACAGGGUGCUGUAUCGUACGGGUGACUUCGGGCGGGUGGUGGGUGGCAAAUUAUUUUACGAGGGACGCACUGACUCACAGGUCAAGGUCAGAGGGCAUCGUGUUGACCUUAGUGAGAUCGAGGCGGUGCUACAGAAACUGGAGGAAGUUGAUAAGGUUUAUAUCCUUGUCUAUAAGCCUGGAGAAUUUAGCCAAGCCCUCGUUGCUUUCUACACGAGCAACAACGAAGGAAUGGUGCCAGAGAAAUUAGCGCUGAAAUUAGCUAGUCAUCUCCAGCCAUACAUGCAGCCCCAAUUGGUUUAUCUGGAUGAUCUGCCUCUGCUUGUCAAUGGCAAAGUGGACCGCCAGACCUUACUGAAGAUGUAUGAAAACCAAUCUGAAGAUCAGGAAUGUCAAAUUCAUGGCUCGCAGGCCAUACUUGGCCCUCGGGAUGGGCACAAAUGUAUAACGAGCUACUUUAACAUGGGUGGAAGAUGUAUAACGAGCUACUUUAACAUGGGUGGAAGAUGUAUAACGAGCUACUUUGACAUGGUUCAGGUCACAUUACCCUCAAUUUUACUCAAACGGAUUCAAAAGGGCUGGUACCAACGUAUAGGAGAGUUCUUAAAGGCUUCGACAUUGGGAGAAGUGUUGAAUAACAUGCAACAAGUCAAGGUAGAAGAAGAUAUUUCUGAAGGCAACAUUUGCAGCAAAGUUAAGGGUGUACAAGAGUACGAAUGUUUUCCUCUCGACUUUUCACACAAGGAAGUUGUUUUCAGCCUGAUCAGUGAGAGCUUCGCCAAGAAAGGAGACCUUGAGAUGUGGCUGCAUACUGAGCCUUGGGAGUAUCAACAACUUCUCGAACCCCUUUUCCCUACUUUAGUAGAGAAAGACCUCAGUUUCGUAGUGAUGCGGCAGGGAACAGAAGAGGUGGUUGCUGUUGCAUUAAACUUUGACCUUCACGACGAACCUGAAGUAGAGGACAUCUCACCGAAGCUUACCUACGUCCUUAGCUUUCUUGAAGAGUGUGAAGCUCCACAACGGAGCAAGUUACCUCAGGGGAUUGGUAACGUCAUCCACAGUUUCAUGAUGGGCACUUUAUUAGAACUGGGACCAGUUGAAAAUGUGGUGCUGAUCCAGAUAAUGGAGAGGGAGAACCUAACCCUCGCUAGGAAAAGAGGUUACAAGGCUGUUUUUACUACUAAUACAUCUGGACUUACUCAGCAAGUGUGCGAUGACCUGCUUUCAUACAAAGUGCUCGCAGACUACCAGGUUAACCUGUGGGUAGCUCCAGAUGGAACGAAACCCUUCAAAGAUGCCCCAAACACUCAGCGCGCUGUUACUACCGUGAAGUAUAUUUAAGAUGUGCCUUAUAUUACACAUCGCGUGGAAAAAACGUCGAUUUUCUACUAAUAAGGCAUUAUGUACCAACCAAGCUGGUUAUUAUAUGAAAACAUAAUGAAGAAAUUAUACUUUGCAUGCCUAUUCAUAUGAUAUUGUGAACUAUAGCAAUAUUGUAGUGCCUUUGUACAUCACCAUACAAUAUGUAUGAGUGAAUUAAUGCAUAUAUUGCGUCUAAAUGUAUUAUAAGAAGGAAUAAAAUAUUUACCUUCCCUUCUCCAUUUCUGUCAGCAUAUCUGCUUUUAAAAUUUAUGCUAAUCCAUGUAUCUAGUUGCC